AUGUCCACGGUUUCCGGGACCACAGAUGUCUCCGUUAAAUAUCAGCGAUUGGCUGCCGAAUUUGUCAAACUCAGAUCCCAACUGAAUGUACUCAAAACCGCUGUAAUCGAUGAGAAAGGGCGCAAUGAACAACUGAGAUCGGACAUUUUGGCCAAAGAUAGUGAACUGAGGAAGACUAACGACGAAAAUGAAAGUCUUCAGUUUAGAAAUGCACAGCUCGUCAAGAGAGUGGAAGCGUUGCAGAAAAAUCUUGAUGAAGUCACAAAAUUACAGCUGGCAAAAGGGAAGAAGGUAGGAUCUCUUAUUUGUUCUUAUUUCCCUUCUUAGAAACAAAGAGAUGCGAAUCUGCGAUUGUUUGUGAAUCUGGAUGAAUCCGAGAAUAAUAGCAUCCCUGGACCAUCAAACCCAAAUAACACAAGGCUCGUAUUAGAACAAGAGUUGGAAAGAAAGGUUCAGGAAAUAUCAAAUCUUCAUUCGAAGGUAUUUUUGGGGCUAUUAUAUUAUCCUUGAGGUUCAGAUCUUCGAUUUGGAACAAAAUAAUCGCAAAGAAGUUGAUGAAUUGACUGAACAGAUUAACCAAUUGAAGAAGGAUAAUGCCAGGUUAAAAUCGAUUGAAAAUGAGAGAAAAACAAACCAAAAUCAGAGUACUGCCGGCACUGAAAGGUAGGUGAACAUAAACACAUAAAGAUAAAUUUUUUAGUGAAUACAAGUGCCAAUCCUGCCAUAACAAUGUUCGUAAUGGUGCUCAGAACCAUGUAAUCCCGGAAAUCUUGUCCAGUUCAACACAAGCAAUCGAUUUCCCCAUCAGCCACGACGCGAGGCUGUAUGCGGAUGGUCUUGUUAAUGUUUCCAAGUCAUUUUUAACUGCUUUCUCGACUAUUUUUACAUUAUUAGAACAGAGAUCCGUCUUAUACCCGUUUGAUAUCAAUCUUGAGGUGCUGCCAGAGAGUUUCAGGACAGUAAGAAUAACCUUUUUUUACGAUUUAUACAUAUUACUGUAGUUCGGACAAGAAAUGGUCGCAUUCUCAUCGGAUUUUCAAGCCAAGAUUAACAAGCUAGACGCCAUUCAGGAGAAAAUCAACGAAUCAGACGAUCUUCAGUUUGUAAGUUAUUUGGCUUUAGAGUUCUGAUAUUAUUUUAGGUAUUAAAACCAUUAUUUUCAGUUGGAUAUCUCAGCGAAAAAGAUGUGGCCAGAAGUCUGCCAAUCCUUUAAAUUGGUCAAUUCUUAUCUCCAAAACUCUCUGAUUGUAAUACUUAGAGCCGAGAAUGAGGUGCCUUUUUGCAAUUCGGAUCUGGAGGAAUUGAACUUGAAGUUCGAACAGCAUUUCUUGAUUUUCAUCAAGAAUUUGAUCGACCUCCUCUCUAAACCGCUCUCAGAUCUGUUCCAAUUAAAGUUCAGACACAUAUUUGUUGAUCGAUUGAGUCAUCUUCAAUCAUUGAUAGAAGGUGAAUACCGUAAUUUUAUAAUUUUUUUAUUUUUAAAAUUUUUUAGAAUUGGAUCGACUGUUCCAGAGGAAGAUAAUGUUCGAAAAAGGAAUCCCCACAGCUUCAAAGCGACUCAAAUGUGUUAACGAAUGCAUUUCCAAGGCCUUUGAGCAGAUCGCUGUGGCUUUGUCAAGGGCUUUUGGAAUGAUCUCUGAUUCGAAUGCACUGGAAUACCUGAGAAUGGCCAUAAACGGUGAAAUUAAGCCGAUUUUGGAAGUUAAAUUGAAGGAAGAUGGAGAUCACCAGGAGAAGAAAUUGGUCAGAGAAGAUUCUAUUGUUCAAACGGAGAAUGAGAAGCUGGUUGAAGAUUUGAAAAGGCUGAAUAUUAAGUUAGAUGAGGCUGUCAAGGAAAAGGCAGAAUGGCAAGCCACUGUUCAUGCAAUGGAACAUGAAUUGGAUGUGUUGAGGAACUUACGGUAGGACUUUAAAUGUUUGUUUUUGUUGUUUUGGAAUCAUCUAACUGUCACAUUUAGAGACGAACAAACGAGGGCGGCUGAUCUGGCAGAUCCAAAUACGAAGCUGAAUCAAGAUCAAUUGGAAAAAAUAUACAAGGGGAAGAUAAAACAGCUCUCUCUGGAGUUGACUUUUGCGAAAGGGGAGGCAAUGUACUACAAGGAAGAGGUAAGUUGGGAUUUGAUGUCAUGGAUAAUACAGGGUGUCCAGAGAAAUUCCGCGGAAAGUGUUUGCCGAUUUCUCGGCGCUCAGGCAAGAUAUCCAAAAAAUUCUUUUUGCAUUAGAAAGAAGACUAUGGGCGGUUUUUUGUCUAAAAAAGUUUUUUUGUCCGCCGACGCGGAACAUACUGUAUUCGGCGGAGACUUUUGGUAGCUUUUUUGGUCAUCACACCAAUCUUAAGCGCUUUACUAUGAUCCUGAAACUACCGGGGAGCCUUCAACUUUUUUCCACAAUGAAUCAGGGGACUCACGACAACGCUAUGAAAUCGCAUUUAGCGACUGCACCGCACUUUGUAGUUGCGUCAACAGCGAUAAAGUCCGACCGCAUCGUGCGGAGGUUUGAAACAGCGGGGCAAAGAGAAGUUCAAACAAAAAAUAAUUUGUUGUUUUCUGGUACACCAAGUCGUUAACUGAUGGCUAAGCUGCUGCCAAGGCUUGGCGACGAAAUUUUGGAGAGCAUAUGGGAUUAGCAAAGAAUGCUAGCCACAUAAUGUUUGGGGCAUCUCCUAUCCAAAGCUGAGUUGUGGCCUUCGCCGAUACGGAAAGCUCGCCAUUCCAUUGCCGAACGUUUGGUAAACAUAAAAAUAAGAUAACAUUCUCUUUUUAACCAUCAGAAAUCGUACUGAAGCUUUUAAGAUUGGUGUGAUGACCAAAAAAGCUACCAAAAGUCUCCGCCGAAUACAGUAUGUUUCGCGUCGGCGGACAAAAAAACUUUUUCAGACAAAAAACCGCCCAUAAUCUUCUUUCUAAUGCAAAAAGAAUUUUUUGGAUAUCUUGCCUGAGCGCCGAGAAAUCGGCAAACACUUUCCGCGGAAUUUCUCUGGACACCCUGUAUAAUUUUAGUGUGAUUCUCUGCUGAUUACUGCCAAAACUCUACAAAAGAACUACUCUCGUCUCAAUGAACCCUGUUCUAAAUGUGAAUCUCUAAACGAAGCUCUUUUGGCCACACAAUUUACAUUUGAAGAGCAAAUGAGGGAAUUGUAUGACAAAUUGGCCGAACAAGAAGACGAAAUCAGCUUCCAAAGAGAAGCCAUCACCAAAUUCAAAACCUCUUCGGCAUCUACAAGUCCGAUGUCAUCCACAGAUCAGACUCCGCCCCGAGAGAAUUCAUUUCGAAGAGUAAGUUAAAGCCUUUUUUUGAUAAGAUCUCCCUCUAGAAUAUCCGCAGAAUGGUCGGCAAAUGA